CCACACACAGUAGCAAGGCCUUAGAAGUCCAUACAUUGCCCCAGCCCUCAGAUUCAGAUAUGUAUGUAUGCAAGUCCAACAAGACCAUCACUGCAAUUCAAAUUCAUCAGAAGACUCGCCAACACAAAAAUGGACGCAGAUUCCGACGUGAAAGCCGGCGGCGGCAGCAGCUUUUACAAUAAACAAGGAAUGGGUGUUAAAGAAUGCGAAAACAUGAUACGUAGAAGCCUCAGAACUCCGAUGGUGAAGUUUUUGAGGGAACAGAUGGGAAAAACUGGUUGUAAUAUUGGUGAUAAUUUCAUUAAAGCUGUUGAUUGCGAAAAUUCGGUUGCUGGUGGUUAUAUUUCUGGUGAAGGGAUAGUAGUAUGUAGUAAUAGGUUAACUAUGCAAGAUGAGGUCAAUCAAGUAGUCAUACACGAGCUAAUUCAUGCGUAUGAUGAUUGCCGCUCUGCAAAUCUGGACUGGGCUAACUGUGCUCAUCAUGCAUGUAGUGAGAUUCGAGCUGGCCAUCUUAGUGGUGAUUGCCACUAUAAAAGAGAAUUCCUGCGGGGAUUCAUGAAGAUACGAGGACAUGAACAAGAGUGUAUAAAAAGAAGAGUCAUGAAGUCCUUGGUCAAUAAUCCAAACUGUCCGGAACCAGCUGCUAAGGAUGCUAUGGAAGCUGUUUGGGAUACUUGUUACAAUGACACACAACCAUUUGACAGAGCUCCUUAGAAACUCUAUAGUGUUUGCCAAAGCUAGUUUUGUUUGAAGAGGAGGUUCUGAGUAGAGAGAGGUGGUCUGCCCCUACCUGAUUCAUACUGGCGCAAGCAAAUUGAUCCAGACAAUAUAUAUUGUGUAACAAUUCGUAUACAUUUUCGAAUAAAGAUUAUGAAGCAAGACAAUAAUUGUCUGCAAUUUUUCACUGGUUAUGCCA